AUGGCAGUUUCCCUUGACUUAUUGUCAUUUUACCGAACGCUCUUCAAGCGCUCUUGUGAUGCAAUCAAUGCACUUGCAUCCACUCUCAAGACGUAUUAUUCCUGCCGAGGAUUCCAAAUGACAGACAAAAAAGGUGAAUUAAUUUGUGAACCUUUUCAUCGUGGGCUUGGCUACACAGUGCAAUGGUUUGACAUCUUGCAGAUCGAGGUCAAAUACCAACUUGAGUCACUUCUCCAGCGGUGUCAGGAUCAUGUUGCAGAGUUCAAAGCGUUAUUGCCAGCCCCCAAGAUAUUUUCUGACAGACAGCAACCUCCAGAGCAGGCCCCUUCCCCAACCAUCUUACACUGGAAUCGAUGUUUGCCCCUUCUUGUCCAGUGGUGCCCUGUGUGUUUCGGUGGUGUAUUGUAUGGCAAAUCUACUGACAAUGGUGAUGAUAUACAUAUCACGACAGAUGGAAAUUUCCACCACCGCCAUUGGCGCUCUGCAGGCAACUGUCCACCAUUCUACAACCCAACAUACUUUCUCCCUAAGGAUUUUGUUGAUCAAGUUGGCCGCCGGAUAGAUUCCCAACGUAAGCAUCCUCCUAAGGCACGUAAGCUUGUUGUACCCGACGAAGCCAUUGAUUUAUGUGAAAACACUUACGAGGCUGCUGAUGGGAAAAAGCAGAAGGCUGCUAUGGACAGUUUCGAUGAUAUGGGGGUUAUGGCUCUUAUAUGUCGCCACGACAUUCCUUUAUUUUUUGCUAACAUAGAUUCACCCGGCGAGCAACAGAAAUAUUCUGUUGCUCUUCUCCAAUACUUAUUUUUGUUGCUGCCCCCUCAGGCAACCAUUGUCGCCUUAUACGAUGUCGGGUGUGUUCUCACGCGGUCACUUUCAAAGGUAGAUUUGUCAUAUGAAAUCCUUCCAGAAGAUAUCACAAGCCGCCUCCGAUUUGCCACAACGGCAAUGCACACAUAUGGACAUGAAUGGGCAUGUCAAUUGGUAUAUAAUCCAUGCAUCUGCGUUGGACUUGGGUUGUCAGACGGAGAAGGAACCAAAAGACUUUGGUCACGGUUUGUUCGGCUGAUCGGUGUCGAGAAAUCCUCAUCGUGUCAUCGUCGUAUAUGGCUGAUUGAUCACCAGGUGGCUGCAAUAGGCUUAGAGAUGCAUGGGGACCUUGGCGACUGGAUUAAGCGACGUCUGAAACGCAGUGUCAACGAUCAAGGGUCAACUGCACAAGACAUUCUGGACCAAUGUGAAAUACCCAUCAAGGAGUUGAAGUCCCAAUGGUUGCAUCAACAGGAAUCUCAGUUUUCGAUUCGAGCAUAUGCCCCUGCUCAUUUGAGGAAAGAGCUUGACACGGUGCUAGGUCUACAAGCCGAUCUCAAUAUUUCGAACCAAGCACUGCAGGCUAUGAGGGUCAUGCUCACGAAAGAGUCGCACUCUGAUGACACACUUGAGGCUCUAGAGAGCCUCAAGAGAGGUCAUGAUCGCUUGAUGGACAAAGUCGAAGUUCUAUAUUCAUCUCUCAACAUCCAUGAUAAUUUUCCAGAGCUUAAGGGAAUUGACCUUGAUUUUGUUUGCAUCCUGUUGAUGGCAUGGGACCUCAAAAUCAAUAUUCGCAGACGUGCCAUCACCAGCUUCUUCGGGUGGGACAAGUUAGAUCGGGCUGUUGGCAGUGCUCAACAAGCAUUAGGAAUGAAACUGCAUCAACAGACACGGAAGGCUAUCACUAAACGUCAACCUGCCCUGAUGACGGCUAUAUGCAAAUUCAAUUCAUACUGUGAACAGUUAGAUUCGCUCUAUGAUCCGUCUUGCACAAUUCCUUUACCUACUCCCCUCCCCACCAAACUUACUGAACUCCGUGCCGAUCCUACACUCAUGGAGGACGUGUGGAUCACUCCAUCUAUUGGGGAGGUCCCAUGGUGGUUGGAUGAUACGGACAUUAGAGAUGGCAUCCGUGCUCUUCUUAAAUGUGAGCUUUUUACAGCCACCCUGGAACAGCACCGGUCUAACUUCCUUUGGCUUCAAUCACACUGGAGCAACUCGCUUGUGUCUUCAUUAUGGUUCACUACCCAGGUUAAGGAAGCUGUAGACAUUGUGGCUACCCUCUCAGGAGGCUCUCGGAGCACUGCCCUUCAUUGGAUCCAUACUACAAGGCUCACCAUACCCGAUCUUGACGGUGAAGAUGAGCUGAUUGGCUCGGAACAAGCCACACUCGCUGAUAUUCUUGAGCGACAGAUGGGCACGUUAAUGGACGAUGACACCGAGUCAACUGACAUAGGCUAUGACAUUAAAGCCACCAUCAUGUGGGAGCUUCCUAAGUUCAAGAGCAGGACAAUAAUGUCCCCAACACACUCGUCACACGUAUCCGACCUCUACAUCAAAUUGCUCUGCUCUCCAACAGCGUGUCUCAACAACAUGUGUAUUAACAGCUGUGCUGCCCUGCUCUACUCUGAACUAAAAGCCCCAACCCUCUCUUGCACAAUAUUCUCUACCCACAACCUCCUGCGCAUCCGUUACAAUGCCCCCAAUGAUAUCAUUUGGUGGAAUGUUUCAUGGACACGUUACUGGGAGAAGGACGUAUGGGUCCUUCCGAUACACCAGCCCUCUGACUCGAUUGGACAUUGGGUAAUUUGUGUGAUUCAUGUCUUCAAUAAGGAAUUACACCUUUUUGAUAGCCUCAGUGAAAAAAAAACCUUGGAAAACCGACAUCAAAGUAAAUUAAUUGCUCGGUUGUUCGCCAUGGCCAAUAAACACGGCCAUCACAUUCUGACUGACCUCUUGGGAUGGGUUGCUCGACCUCUCAAUACCCAGUGUCUCCAACAUAACAGUUACGACUGUGGUCUUUGGGUUCUAGUGACACUCACUGCGGUACUCUGCAGGCGGCAUGUUACGGGAUUGCGGGAGGAUGAUAUACAUUGUCUGCGUCAUUAUCUCUGCACUCUCACUCUUUCCUUACCAUCAGCUGUGCAAUAG